AUGUGUAUCUCAGGCUGGAGCACUCCACUCAGCUACAUCGGCCUUGCAGCCCUGGCUUACAUAACCCUCCACUUCACCCGCCAAGCGACAAUAUUCCUCCUUCGCAGCACACUAACAGCCCGCUACAACCGGCCCGGCACCAACUGGGCCCUCGUAACAGGCGCAACUGAUGGAAUCGGUUUCGGCUUCUGCGAAGAGAUCUGUGCCCGCGGCUUCAACGUCAUCCUGCACGGGCGUAACCGCACUAAGCUCCAGCGACGCGCUAGCGAGCUAAACGAGCGCUUCCCAACCUGCAAGACAGGCAUUAUCGUACUAGACGUUGUCGAUCUCACAUCCUCCGUGGACGGGGUUGCUGACGAGGUUUCCGCUAUUCUAGCCGCCUAUGGGGGCCAGUUAACCGUCCUGGUGAACAAUGUAGGAGGUGACGGCAGGCCCUCUGGGAUGCUAGACAGUUAUAGCUUCAAGGAUGUGCAGGAGACGAUCGCGAAGAACGCGAACUUCGUCGCGCAAAUUACGCGCAUAUUGCUACCGCUUCUAGCGGCGGGAGACCCAGGCGUUGUAUUGAAUAUUUCGUCCGUCGCGGCGUGGGGGCUACCCUAUGUGACUAUUUAUGCUGCAACGAAGGGGUUCGUCGAUACCUUUACGUACGCACUGCAGGCCGAGUGUAACGCCGAGGGACGGGGGUCGAGGUGCUGGGUCUACGCGUGGGCCAGGUGA